CCCAAUAUAAUCCACGUCUUGCUCAAAUGUUCAGACCUUUCAGGAAAUGACGGUCUACUUAUAAGUCUCGGCUUCUCACAUCUAGAGUACCGUGGAUGUAUACUCGAAGUUACAAUCGUUUAUCCUAGGUGCUUGUUGGGUGCUUGACACCGGGGCAGCGGGAUCCGUGAGUCCUUUCUCAUCGCGUGGUUGAUUAGGCGGUAUAGUAUGAAGGUAUAUAGCAGAACGCUGCACGGCUACUGGCCCAACAUCUCUCUUUACCUCGGCGAUAAUAAUCUUGAGGCGAGCAGUUCACGAGUACAUCAUGGCAUCCCAGCCCAAUUCUUUCGAGCACACGCGUGUGUGGCUUGUCACGGGAUCAUCUACAGGGCUUGGCCACUCCAUCGUCUCUCACAUUCUCCGUCAAGGCGAACGCGUGGUUGCCACCUCCCGCUCACUCUCCUCACUUCUCGCCUUGCAACCCUCCUAUCCUGCCGCCCAACUUCUCAUUCUACCUCUCGACGUGACAAAGCCUGAUCAAGUCGAAGAGGUUUUCGAGCACACGAAGAAGGAAUUCGGAAGGUUAGACGUGGUCGUGAAUAAUGCUGGGUAUGGAAUCAAUGGAGAGUUCGAGAGCACGCCUGAUGAACCGGCGAGGCGCCAGAUGGAGGUAUGCUUCUGGGGGCCCGUGAAUGUUAUGCGGGAGGCAAUCAGAUUCUUCAGAGAAGUAAACCCGCCUGGGCAUGGAGGCAAGAUUAUCAACAUGAGCUCGCUCUUUGGUGCCGCUGGUUUGCCGGCCGUCAGUUUCUAUGCGGCCUCCAAGUUUGCACUUGAGGGUCUGACCGAGUCUCUCAUCUCCGAACUUCCUCCUGAAUGGAACAUCCACGCCAUAAUCCUAGAACCCGGAGGAUUCCAGACAAACAUGCUUUCCAACUCAGUUCUUAUGCCGCCCCACCCUGCGUACGGUCCCGAAUCGCCCUCGAGGAAGUAUCUCGCGAUGUUGAGGGACAUUCCGUAUUCAGGGGACCCGGAGAAGGCGGCGAGAGUUAUAUGGGAUCUUGUAGCAGGCUUUGGUGAGAAAGAGGGCGCUGAUGCGACGGCGAACAUGAACGGGAAUGGGCAGGGGAAUGGGAGGCGGAUGACGGACUGGCCGAUCAGGCUACCGUUGGGGAGUGUGGCAUGGAGAAUCCUGGUCGAAAAGGUGAAAAAUACCCUUCAGCAAGCCGAAGAAUGGGAGGAAGUUAGUGACUCGACUAACUUCGAUGGCAUAGGAAGGGAUGUUGAAGGGAUAUGAUACCCCAGUUGUGACGUUGAGUUUCCCGCUUUCCUUCGGUUGUCACUUAUUUCUGCACCCGCCUAUCCGCAG